UUUGAAUCACCCUAAAAAAAUCUCCUUUAAUUGACAUAUAAUUGAAGCCAUAGUUAAUAUCUAGCAGGAGCGCAUCUCUACAAGCAAUGCAUUUCAAGACCAGAGAAUAAUCAUAUAGCAUCAUGAACUCUGCAGCUCCAAGUGAUUGGAUUGCCAUUACUGUCCCUUGCGAUUGUUGCUGUUGAUCCCCUUCCAAACUUCCUACCCACCCGCACCAGCGUCGAAGUUAAUUUUAAUGAAAUUUGCAGGAGGAGGCGUCCAAGUUGGUAGAAACACAUGAAUUGGUUGCUGCUGGACACUAUGAAAGAUGAAUUGGCUGCUGAUAAAUAAUGUCCUAGCAUCCAAGUUUUUAGACACAAAGAAUUCAGGUUAAGCUUAAAGUCUCGAACGUAUUUUUAGGACGACAUACUACAUGUCGUCAGUCUUCCUUAGAUCUACAAAUUUUUUUUUCGGCGUUUGUAUAAUGGGCUUGAACAAGCCAUGGGCUAAAAAUGGGCCAUUACUAUCGGGAAGAAUAAUAAGAUUUAUGGAACUUGCACGGCCACGGGAUCAGCGCUCAUGUCUAUUGAUUUCGCUUUGGAAAUUGGAAAUCGUUUCCUUCCCUCGCAAAGAAGAGAGUAUGCAGAGGCAGGGGGCUAGGAGACUCACCGCCCAGGCUUCUGCGACCAUCACCAAAUGUAGCGGCUCCCACAGUUCGCUAUCCGCCACUCCUCACUUUGUCCAUGAAAAUAAAGAUCAUCAAUUAUUCUGCGAUCUUCUUGAAGCAUGUAAGCUCUCUUUGGAUUUAAGAACGGCAAUCGAAACCCAUACAAGAAUUAUUAGAUUUGGGUAUGCAACUCAUUCGUCUCUUGCAGCUUCUCUGAUUUCUACUUAUGUGAAUUGCGAUCGCCUCAAUCUUGCUUAUCAAGUAAUCGAUCAAGUUUUUGCUUGGACCAUGGAUUUGGUGCCUCUGAAUUUGGUUAUUGAAAAUUUUAUGAGGGAAGGGGAGUAUGAGAUUGCCAUCAAGGUGUUUUACAAAAUGCCUGCCCGAGAUGCUGUCACUUGGAAUUCAAUGAUUGGAGGAUAUGUUAGAAAUGCGCGUUUUGAGGAGGCAUUGAGAUUCUUCCGAGCAAUGCUAAGCUCAAGUGUUGAGCCGGAUAAGUAUACAUUUGCCUCUGUUAUAACAGCGUGUGCAAGGCUUGGAGCACUUAAUCAUGGUCAAUGGGUGCAUGACAUGCUGGUUCAGAAAAGAAUUGAAUUGAGCUUUAUUUUGAGUUCUGCAUUAGUAGAUAUGUACUCAAAAUGUGGUAGAAUUCAAACUGCUAAACAAGUUUUUAACAGCGUCCAGCGCAAUGAUGUUUCAGUUUGGAAUUCAAUGAUCAAUGGGCUGGCGGUUCAUGGGCUUGCUUUAGAUGCUAUAACAGUAUUCUCCAAGAUGGAGGAAGAAAAUAUUACACCUGAUUCUAUAACUUUUCUUGGAAUUUUAACGGCAUGUAGCCAUUGUGGUUUGGUCAAAGAGGGCCGGAAAUACUUUGAUUUAAUGAAAAGCAACUACUCGAUUCAGCCACAGCUUGAGCACUACGGAGCAAUGGUUGAUCUCUUGAGUCGAGCUGGACUUCUGGAAGAGGCUUACGCCAUUAUCAAAGCAAUGCCAAUCGAACCAGAUGUUGUUAUAUGGAGGGCACUUCUUAGUGCUUGUAGAACAUACCAAAAGCCAGAGCUAGGUGAAGUUGCCAUUACAAAAAUAUCACGCCUUGAGAGUGGAGACUAUGUCUUGCUUUCAAAUAUCUACUGUUCUCGGGAGAGAUGGGAUAAUGCUCAAGGAGUGAGAGAAAUGAUGAAAUUGAAGGGAGUUCGUAAAGUUAAGGGAAAGAGUUGGAUUGAGUGGGCAGGUGUGGUUCACAAUUUUAAGGCUGGUGAUCGAUCUCACCCUGAAACAGAAGCAAUAUACAAAAUAUUGGUAAGUUUGAUCCAAAGGACCAAGUUGGAGGGAUUUUUUCCGGCAACUGAGUUGGUUAUGAUGGAUGUCUCUGAAGAGGAAAAGGAGGCAAACUUGUAUCAUCACAGUGAAAAGUUGGCAUUGGCCUAUGGGAUUUUUAAAACUAGCCCUGGAACAGAGAUUAGGAUUUCAAAGAACCUUCGAAUCUGCUAUGACUGUCACAAUUGGAUAAAAAUGGUUUCGAGGCUGUUAAGCAGGGUUAUUACUGUAAGGGAUCGGAUCCGUUUUCACCAGUUUGAACGCGGCUCAUGUUCCUGUGGAGACUAUUGGUAGUCUGUGCCACAAUACUUGAUGAUUGAGUUCUUUUAGGUACGCUAUAUAUAGAAUUAUUCGAGAAAUCCACAAGCUGAGGUAGCAGGAUUAAAUUAUUUAAGUAAUGCCUACACCCAGUCCCAUCACACAGGCAGAUUACUAACAAGUGCUGGGAUAUGACUGGCCCCAAUGAGAUGAUAUUAUUCUAUGCUGGUGAAUGAAUUAGUCGCCUACCAGCAAAUUUCAAUGAAUUAACAUUGUUCAGUUGCUUGAAUUAGAGGUGAAGUUUGCCUUUCCUUGGAAGUAAUGUGGCUUUUACCAAAGGGAUCCCCUGAGACGAACUUGUGUUGUUGGAGAAAAAUGGCAAUGCUGUCAGGUCUGGGGUGAAAUUGUGCUUCAUAUUGAAAAGGAAAAGGAAAUGGCAGCCCACAAGGCAAGUCUAUCUUCACAAGAAUUACAUGUUGCAGUGCCUGAUAUUGUUGUAGGGGAAGACAGAAGAGUUUAAAGAUUAAUAGAAAAAAUCACCUUUUUGUAAACUUGAGUCAUUGUUUAUAGCUCAUUUAUACAAGGUGCAAAUGGGGGCAUAGUAUUGAUGCGCAAACUUCUAUAAUGCGACGAAUCACACGAUGAUGUUAAGUCGGAAUAUGUCGGCGAGGGCAGGAGAUUAAUUUGUAGCGAUGAACUGAGAUGUAGAUAUCGCGAGUAUGAUUCUUUGCCAAUGGAACGCAUGGAGCUAUUUAUGGACAAUGCACCCACACAGAGGCCCUAACCCUGAAGAAAUUACAUAAUUGAAUGUUGUAGCAUCAGUCGCAUAUGGAUUUUGUCUGACAUUCAAUCAAUUAUUGGUUAUUCAUCCAAGCUUUUGUGAUUCAGUCAAUGUGCUCGAGUCUGGAACUUGCAGCAAUAUUAAGAUCAUGCAUGGAUUGGCGAGCCCCUUUGUGAUUCACCUGGUGAUCUUACCAAUCUGUCCGCAUUAACAGGACAAAAUGGCAAGUUAUCUAAAAUUAAUGGUUUUUAUUCA